AUGGCGAGCAACAAGGCCGUCGUGCUCUCCCUCUACCGACGCUCCCUCAAGCUCGCCCUCGACUGGGCCGUCCACCGCUACGUGUGGAGGGGCCAGGCCCUGUACAUUCGUUCGCUCUUCGAGGCCAACAAGAACGUCGUUGAACCGCGCCAGCAGAGGAAAUUGAUCCAAGAGACCGAGGCUCUGCUCGAGAAAUGGAAGCACCCGGAUCCCUACAGGCCUCCUGAGGCGCCUGGUGGUUCCAAGUACGAGCGCAAUUUGCCGACUCCCAUCCUCGAUCCUCCACCGCACAUGACCCUGUGA